UGCGGGCGCGGAGUCGCGGCUGCUUGAUGUGCGUUUUACUAGCAAACCCGGAGCUGUUUGUGCAGGUCAAUGGCUGCUGUCCAGCCGGCGUGCCCGCCCCGGCCCGGGGUAUAAAAGGCCCCGCGCCGCCACCAGCCGCAUCCCACCGGCACCCGCUCUCCUCCGCCCACGUCCACCCGACCUGCUCUCGCCACCAUGACGCGCUUCUUCUGCUGCGGCAGCUACUUCCCCGGCUACCCCUGCUACGGCACCAACUGGCACGGGACCUACCGCGCCACCCCCCUGAACUGCGUGGUGCCCCUGGGCUCGCCCCUCAACUACGGGCAGGGCUGCACCGGCUACGGCUCCCUGGGCUACAGCUUCGGCGGCAGCAACUUCGGGAACCUGGGCUGCGGCUACGGCGGCAGCUGCUGGCGGCCCUGGGGCUCGGGCUCCGGCUUCGGCUACAGCACCUACUGAGGCCCAGGCCGGGCACCCCGGACGCCCUGGGACACCCCGGGGCACCGAGCCGCCCGCAGAGCCACGCCUGUCCCGCCUCCGGACCUGCUGAUCGCGCCAAAGUCUGGUCUCCGAGGAGGCUGAGCCGCAGCCACAGGCGCUGGACAGGUCCCUGCAGCUGAGGCCGCCGGGCGCCCUCCUGGCCGGGAGCGGGCAGCGAAGCGCGGGCUUGGCUCUCGGGUGGCUUCCCCGGCGUCCCUGCUGGCACCCGGGCGGGUAGGGGGGUUGCGCUGUCGUCUCUAAUAAACCUCACUCUU